AUGACGAGCAACAUCCGAAGGGCAAUGCAUCCCCGAAAUAUAUUCAACACACCUCCAGACUUCACCGAACUGGCAAUUAAGUAUCCUGAUUUUCGACGCGUCUGCAAGUUGGAAUUGUGCGGAAAAGUGCACAUCGAUUACAAAAAUGAGCAGGCAUUAAGAGCACUCACAAAAACUCUGCUGUUAGAGUACUUCAAACUAGAUGUUGAAUUUGCACCGGGAAGCCUUAUACCGACACUUCCACUAAGACUGAACUAUAUUCUAUGGCUGGAGGAUCUAUUAACUGACCGAAGUUGUAAUUCCACCGUUAAAGGAAUAGACAUAGGCUGCGGCUCAUCUUGCAUCUAUUCGCUAUUGGCCGCAAAGAAGAACGGUUGGCCGAUGGUUGCUCUCGAAACGAACAAAUCCAACUUGGAGUAUGCAGCAAGUAAUAUUGAGCGUAAUAAUCUGACCGAGAUGGUUUCCCUAUUUGCUCAGAAACAAAGUAACCAAAUCUUUGAGGAAUUUUUCCAAACAACACAUGAUAAAUACGGAGAAUCCAUGGAUAGUCCAUAUGAUUUUUGCCUAUGCAAUCCUCCUUUUUUCGAUUCGCAACAAACGGAGACCUGCAAUACCCGCAAUCCCAAAAAGAGACCUCCGCCUCACAAUUGCCCGACAGGUUACAAGGAAGAGCUUUCUUGUUUGGGGGGUGAAGUAAAGUUUGUUGAAAAAAUUAUCGAUGAAAGCAUUAGGUACAAAACCAAUAUCAGGAUUUUUACUUCAAUGUUGGGCCUUAAAUCGAGUCUAAAUCAGAUAACAGGUUCCUUAUCAUCGCGGAACAUGUCAAAUUGGUGUACCACAAAAUUUCACCAAGGCAAUACAACGAGAUGGGGAAUAGCCUGGACAUUUUGCACAGACAUUGAUCUAAAGUAG